AUAGAAGUUGGCCUGUCAAGUCGCUGUUCUUUUUUAUUGUGUGUGUGUCUGUGUGUGUUUUUUCUCAGCAUUUAACGUUAAAUCACAUCAUUUCAAAUUUCAGAGCACAACACACACACACACACAAGCUUUAAAAAGCAGCUCUUUCUCUCCUACAACCUUUUAACUCUCCUCCUCCUGCUGACUUUCAUUUUCUUGCAGAUCUUACGUCGGUCCCAAACAGCACCCAAGAAAUGACUAAAGAUGAAGACUUUAAGCUUCUCAAGAUCCAGACCUGUGUGCUCAGGGUGAACAUACAUUGUGAUGGGUGUAAGCAGAAAGUGAAGAAACUCCUACAGAGAAUUGAAGGUGUUUACCAAGUGACUAUAGACUCAGAACAACAAAAGGUCAGUGUUUCAGGAAGUGUGGAUUCUGCUACUCUAAUCAAGAAGCUAGUGAGGGCUGGUAAGCAUGCUGAGCUCUGGUCCCAAAAGACUAACCAAAAUCAGAAGCAGAAAUCCCCUUCCAUUAAAGAUGAAAACAAGAACAACAAAGGGCAGAAGCCCAAUGUUGUGAAGAGUCUUGAAUCCCUCAAAAACAAGCAGAAAUUUCCUUUCAUGUCUGAAGAUGAUGACUGUUUUGAUGAUGAUGAGGAAGAGUAUGAUGAGGAGGAGGAGAUGAAGCUUUUCAGGGAUAAGAUAAAUCAACUAGCUCUGCUCAAGGGACAAGCUGAAGCAGCAGCAAACAAUGCAAAGAAAGGUGUUGGGGUUUUGGCUGCUGCAGGUCCUAACAAUGGCAAGAAUGGGAAUAACAAUAACAAUAGUAAUAAUGCAGGGAAGAAAGGGAAUUUGAGUCAGAAUAUGGCGAUGAAGGGAAAUCCUGGUGGGAUUGAUCAGAAAACACUGGCAGCCCUGAAGAUGAACAAUGCACAAAUGACUGGUGCAAAUAUGAACAACCACCACCCUAGUGAGGGGAUGAGGGCAAAUGACAUUAGUGCUAUGAUGAAUCUUGCUGGUUUUCAUGGAAAUGGAGCGAACAACAACGUUGCUCCCAUUCUUGGAGGCAGUUCCAAUGUUAUUGUUGGAGGAGGAGGAGGAUUCCAAGUCCAACAGAACAAUGGUUUGCAGGGAUCCUCUGGAGGGUUUCCGAUAAACGGAUUGGCAACGGGGCAUAGUCCUUCGUCCAUGAUGAUGAACAUUAAUGGUUAUCAUCCAUCACCAAUGAUGAUGAACCUGCAGCAGAACAGGCAACCCCAGAUGAUGUACAAUAGGGCUCCGUUCGUUCCUCCGACGACCGGUUAUUACUACAAUUACGGUCCGGUUCCGUACUCUUUGCCCGGAUACAGCACUGAAUCUGAAUCCGAUCAUUCAACUACUCACAUGUUCAGUGAUGAGAACACAAGCAGCUGUUCAGUUAUGUAACCAGAAUGAAUCUGGGAAGUUUGAAUUAGUGUUUUUUCUUUAAGGAUAUGUAUUAGUUGUGAAGAAGCUGUUGAUGUUGGAUCCCAUGUUCUUAGCUAUGGGCUUUGUUUCAAAACAUGUUGUUGUUCCCCUUUGUUUCAGGGCUGACUUGAUCUUGAGCUCUUGUGAGUUCCAAGAUUGUCCUGUUUAUUAUCCUAAUGCAAUAUUAUGAACUAGGUGGUGAUAAAUCCUAUGUUAGGUUUGA